AUGGGUAGAGGCCUGAAUCAGGAACUUGGUCUUAUUAAAGCCGGUGAUACUCGUUGGGGAUCUCACUACAAGUCAUUUGGAAACUUUAUUAGUAACGUUGCCUCUAUUGUUGAUGUACUUGAUACUCUCGUUGAAAAUGCAAGUACUCUGGAUGAACGAGCAAGCGCAUCGGGAUUUCUCAGAAAUUGUCAAACAUUUGAGACUGUUUUCUUGUUACAUUUGAUGACUGAUAUUUUAGGAAUCACAUACGAUCUUAAUGUGUCAUUACAGAAAAAGGAGCGAGAUAUUGCAAAUGCCAUGAUUCUUGUUGAGUUACAAGAACUUAAUGAUCGUUUCAACGAGGUGACAAGUGAUUUGCUUAAUGGAGUAGCUUGCUUAAAUCCAAUUGAUUCAUUUUCUAGUUUUGACAUAAAAAAGAUAGUGAGAAUGGUUGAAUUAUAUCCUGAUGACUUUGAUGGAUUUAGCAUUAGGGCCCUUGAGAAUUAA